AUGGCCGACGCCGAGGAUAUCCAACCUCUUGUGUGUGACAAUGGUACAGGAAUGGUCAAGGCUGGAUUUGCUGGAGAUGAUGCACCAAGGGCUGUCUUCCCUAGUAUCAUCGGCCGUCCACGUCACACUGGCGUGAUGGUGGGCAUGGGCCAGAAGGAUGCAUAUGUUGGGGAUGAGGCCCAGUCCAAGCGUGGUAUUCUGUCUUUGAAAUACCCUAUCGAGCAUGGUAUUGUGAAUAACUGGGAUGACAUGGAGAAGAUUUGGCACCACACGUUCUACAAUGAACUCCGUGUGGCCCCUGAGGAGCAUCCAAUCCUUCUCACAGAGGCACCCCUCAACCCUAAGGCGAAUCGAGAGAAGAUGACUCAGAUCAUGUUCGAGACCUUCAAUUCCCCUGCCAUGUAUGUCGCUAUCCAGGCUGUUCUGUCCCUGUACGCCAGUGGUCGUACAACUGGUAUUGUGAUGGACUCGGGUGACGGUGUGAGCCACACGGUCCCCAUCUACGAGGGCUACUCCCUCCCCCACGCCAUUCUCCGUCUUGACCUUGCGGGCCGUGACCUCACUGACCAUCUGGCAAAGAUCCUCACCGAGCGCGGCUACUCCUUCACGACCUCGGCCGAGAAGGAAAUCGUUCGCGACAUGAAGGAGAAGCUUGCCUACAUCGCCCUCGACUUUGAGCAGGAGAUGGAGCUCUCCAAGACCAGUUCAUCCGUCGAGAAGAACUUCGAGCUCCCAGAUGGCCAGGUCAUCACCAUCGGCAACGAGAGGUUCCGCUGCCCGGAGGUCCUCUUCCAGCCCUCCAUAAUCGGGAUGGAAGCUGCUGGCAUUCAUGAAACCACCUACAAUUCCAUCAUGAAGUGUGACGUGGACAUCAGGAAGGAUCUGUAUGGCAACAUUGUGCUCAGUGGUGGGUCGACUAUGUUCCCAGGUAUUGCUGACCGGAUGAGCAAGGAGAUAACUGCCCUGGCCCCCAGCAGCAUGAAGAUCAAGGUGGUGGCCCCGCCAGAGAGGAAAUACAGUGUGUGGAUUGGAGGCUCUAUCCUGGCAUCCCUCAGUACCUUCCAGCAGGCAUGUCUUUGA